AUGGAGUGGGAGACACGUGCAGCAGAAAAGAAGACCCGCAUCGAUGCAAGCAUCCCGACUGAAUGGCGAAUCGAAACGUCGCAAUCCGGGGUCUCUGUGAUGUCAUGUGCCAAAGAGAGCGGUAUUUUGUCUGCUGAUGAGCUGGCCAUCACCGAGUCAUCAGCUACGGAUAUUGUGAAGAGAAUAGCUGCAGGCGAUCUCACAUCAGUUGCAGUGACUGCAGCUUUUUGCAAGAGAGCUGCCCUGGCGCAUCAGUUAGUUAAUUGCGCUCUGGAGUUCUUCCCUGAAAUGGCUCUCGCACGGGCGAAGGAGCUUGACGAGUAUUAUGUUCAAAACAAGAAGACGGUGGGGCCUCUACAUGGCCUGCCCAUCUCACUAAAGGACCAGUUUCGCAUCAAGGGCCUUGAAACAACCAUGGGAUACGUCGCUUGGAUUGGCAAGUAUGAAACGGACGAAUCCGUUCUCGUCACUCUACUUCAUCAGGCUGGAGCAGUAUUCUACGUCAAGACUAGCGUUCCGCAAAGCUUGAUGGUUUGUGAAACCCUCAACAACAUCAUUGGUCGAACAGUGAACCCUCGAAACAAAAACUGGUCAUGCGGAGGGAGCUCAGGUGGUGAGGGUGCCAUGGUCGGUUUCCGUGGCGGCAUCAUUGGUGUCGGUACCGAUAUUGGCGGCUCCAUUCGAGUUCCUUCGGCGUUCAACUUCCUGUAUGGCUUGCGACCCAGCCAUGGUCGCCUUCCAUAUGCCAAGAUGGCCAACAGUAUGGAAGGGCAGGAAACCGUUCACAGCGUGUGUGGGCCGCUUUGCCAUUCGGUAGCAGACAUGCGACUAUUCAUGACUUCAGUUUUGGAACAGCAGCCGUGGCUUCAUGACUCAAAGGUCAUCCCGAUGCCGUGGAGGCAAGGUGAGGAGGAUGCAGUCAAGUCUAAAAUCGCAUCUGGUGGUCUGACUCUAGGGUUUUACACCUGUGAUGGAAAUGUCCUUCCACACCCGCCUAUCAUUCGUGCGGUCGAGACGGUCGUCGAAAAGAUGCAGAAGGCUGGACAUUCGGUCCUCCCUUGGGAACCCUACAAGCAUCCGUAUGCUGUAGACCUCAUCAACAAGGUUUACGCCUCUGAUGGAGGAACUGAUGUCUUCAAUACCCUCAAGUCUUCUGGAGAGCUAGCAAUUCCUAAUUUCUCUGAUUUGAUCAAUCCAUCGUUACCUAAGAUCGACAUGAACGAGCUCUGGGACGCGCACCUCGAGAAAUGGAAAUACCAGUGCCAGUACCUGUCUGCUAUUCAGGCAUUUGAGAAGAAACAUGGCACUGAAUUGGAUGCCAUCAUUGCUCCGAUCACGCCUACAGCUGCCGUGAGACACGACCGGUUCAAGUAUUACGGAUAUGCAAGUGCGAUCAAUCUUCUGGACUUUACGAGUGUUGUUUUGCCCGUCUUAUUUGCCGACAAGACCAUCGAUGUUGAGAAUGCAGGGUUCAAACCGUUGACAAAGAUGGACAGCCUGGUGCAAGCCGAAUAUGAUCCGGAGGCGUACCACGGCGCACCAGCAGCCGUACAGAUCAUUGGACGACGGUUGACAGAAGAGAGGGUUAUGGCUAUUGCGGAAGAGAUUGGCAAGUUGCUUGGGAACGAGGUAGCAUCUUAAGCCGACGAACGACAAAGCCACUUUGCAGCAACCAGUUGGCUUGGUGGCCUUGACUUGAUACUUUUGCCUUGCCUGUUCCAAACAGCCCACGACGUAUUUGGGACGACUAUAGUAAUUUCAGAAAACGCGUCUUACUUUGACCUGUCGGCUCUCCUCAUCUUCUCCCCAUCGAUCUUGCCACAUAUCCUGCUUUACAUAGGACCGUCCCAUGGGAGCUCCGCCCAUUCCCCAUGUCGUCUUCAUUUCGUCCAGCGUGAUGGGCUGGACAAGUUCGUACAGCUCCAUAAUUUCGUAUCCAAACUUGCACGACAUGAGACCGGCAUUGAAGUCAGCGUUUCCAAUACCAACCGGCUCUUCCGGUACAGUGCCCGGG